AUGAAUCACAACGCAAAACCAGAAGUCAGAAAUGUAAGCAUUAUCAAAGUGUCUUUAAAUUUUUAUGAAAGAAACCACUUGUGUUUUUAACUGUGGUUUUUGUGAAAUACACAUUAUAAAGUAGAUUUGUAGUUUAAAUUAGUCUCAUUUCCGUUCAAAACUCUAUAACCUCGUGUAAUUCCAAAAUUUCAAGCCGCUUUUUGAUAAAAUUCUUAACUUUUUAUUUAAAAAUGUGUUGCAGUUGUAAAGUUAAAAAAGAAUUUUAAGCCUUCGUAUACUGCGCAACGAGCGGUACAUUUUAAUAGCAAAAAGAAAUAAAAGAUUUUGUUUAUGGAAACUUACGUUAUUUUCCAAACCGGUUGUUAUCAGUGCCUUUCCGAGCUGGCUGUGUCUCCAGAGAAAUACUUUCCUACAAUCAGAACGAAGUCUUGUUCGAGGAAACACUUGACUCGGGCCAAGUUUUUUCUCCGUAAAUGUUUUGGACAACAUAAUUAUUCACUUUUAAUUUUGCGAACAUAUCAGACAACAUGCUAUACGUAUAUUUCUUUUUGUAGACCUCGUAUGAAUUUAUUAUAAUAUUGUUUACCACAAAUUGGGUUAUCACUGGUCUCCCGUAUGUUAUCCAGGGCCUUUUUCGAAUACCUUUUAUUUCCAAAUCCGUCCCAGAAGCGUCGAGCUGUUUUAUAGCUGGCUUUAGCCGACUUUCGGCCGUUAUCUUUUUGAUCUUUUAGCUACGGGUUUCAGGUAAAUUAGGUUAUCGUUGCUGAUUUGCGUUGUGGAUUAUAUGCCGUGUGUUUUCAGGGUAUUCGCAAUUUUUUACAUGACAAAACUCAAUCGAACCGAUUCAGGUGUUGGCUACUGAAGCGGAGUUUGCUGGGAUCCUACUCUAUGAUGAGGUUGGGCGCCCGUUCAGCUGAUGCUGGCAGUGUGUCGUCCGACGAACGAGGAUUUCUCUCGCAGCCGGCUGUCGCUAGUCCGGAGAAGUCGGGUUGGCUUCAGAAGUGGACAAACUACAUUAAAGGCUACCGACAAAGAUGGUUUGUGUUGGAUUCGGAAGGAGUUUUGAGUUAUUACAGGUAAGCACCUUAUUUUAGGUAGAUGUUUAAGCUUUAAAAGAUUGUUUUCGUAUCUUGGAGAACAGUAAAGUAUAGACUUUGGACUUUAUGAAACUAACUGUGGGUAGGUAUACAAAACCUGCUAGUUAUCAUAUGACGUCGAAAAGGGGAACAUUUACGUGGUAUUCGAAGCUUAUAAUAAAGAAAAUUUGCUCUUGAGGGGCGAGUCUCUUUUUUCUAAAAAAAUCGCUGUUGUCGCGUGAAAAAAAACCGAGGGAAUGUAACAGAGGCGAGCCGGCUACCAACAACUUGUCUGUUUUCACUCUUCGCUUUAUUAUCACUCCUUAAGUGGAAGGUCUUAGCAUUGUCCGAUAAGAUGUCGUGGAAAAAGAGACUUCGAAAGGCUGUCAAGAAGGUUAACUGUUAUCCUAAGCGCAAGUCCAGGUGCUGAGAGCUUUAAAAAUUUAUUAUAACCUGUUAUUUAGGUAAUAAUUUGUUUUUACUUUCAGAAAUCAAGCAGAAGUUGGUGUAGCCUGCAGAGGAAGUGUCAACCUCAAAGAGAGCCGAAUUCAUUCGGACUCAGCGUCAAACAGUAUUGUAAGUUUACUUCUUGUUUCUAGUUUUGUCUUUUAGAAUAUCAGCGGAACUUCUCAGAGCUUUCACUUGAAGGCCAACAACGAAAUCGACCGAAACAAUUGGUUGAACGCCUUAGAAUAUGCUCGACAUCGAGCGUGCAAGAAACAAGAUCUUGAUGACGAAGAUAACAACGUCGUUCCUACAUUGGAAGACAUGGACACUAUGGUGGAUAACAUAAAAACAGUCAUGAUGAAGAAGUUGGAAGAGUUGAAAGUUUUUAAAAAAGAUAUAGGCAAGUGUAGUUUGGGUAAUUAAUAAUCUUAUCUUAGGUGACACUCAGAAGGAAUUGGAACAGCUUUUAUCAGACAUUGAUAAUGAAAGAGUUUAUAACUUAUUGAGGACGUUCAAGGAACAGACAGAAGCUCUUGUUCAGGUAAAGUGCCGACAUGUUUUGUGUUCAUGUUAAAAAGAUAUAUUCUAAUGUUUAAAUAUUUAUGAAUUUUGUGUUUUCAGAAGUCAGAAGAGCUGGUGGAUUUGAACAAGGAGGGUACGAACAACUUUUACCGUUUCUUCACGAACGAACACGACCAGCGCUGUCAACUUCAAGACCAGAUCGAGACCUUGGCAAAGCAGCACAGUAACUUGGAGAACGCUGCUUUCCUAAAUCCAUCUUCUACAGGAACGACACAACAACAAAAGUCGCGUAGGUCCUUUCGCAAUAGUGUAAAGUAUAUGUUUGUUGUGAUUGUUACAAUAUGCUUGUUAUUCCUUCCUUUACUGUCUGAAUGCUGUUAUUUCUUGAGGCUGUCUGACAAGCGCAUUACUCUGAGUAGUAAUUAGGAGUUGAUUGCUAUAGUAUAUUUAUAAUUUUAAUUUCAGCGUACGACGACAGCGACGACGAAGAGUUCCACGAUGCUCCAGAAGAACCAGAGUUCGAGGUCAACACGAACGAAGAUACAGAGGACCUCCACAACAGUGACAUGUCAUCUGGAAUCAGUAACGGCCUUGAGGACACAGACACAGCCAGCCACUCGUCCUCCCAGUUCUCGCGAAAGGUACCGUCUUCUGGAUUUGUAAGUUUGGUUAUCGGAUGGUUUGAAAUGAUUAUUGGUCUGGUUAGAAUGUUAAGAGCAACAUUAUGUUAGGUCGUGGUCCUCUUUUAAUUUUAAGUUUUGGCUUACGAACUUGCUUAUUACUUUAAAACGUAAAACUAUUACUGUUUUAAAAGGUGUAAUAUUUCCAAAAUGGGGGUUUAACUAUGCAAAACGUUGUACUUUGAUGUGAAUUAGAGCCCGAAGGCGAUCGAAAUUCGCACUUUAGUUGAACGUAAAACCUGACGGGAAUGGGACCUGCCUUUUGUUAUUUUUACGUUUUUGUAUAGCUGUAUGUUUCGCUCUCCGCUUCGAUCGAGAUUCUUAACUCGUCAGGCAAUCACUGGGAACGUUCUCUCUAAAUGGGGCUUUUUUAUCUUUUUGCUUUCACUUUUGCGCAUUUGUAUUGAUAAAAUCUAAACAAAGUAACACCACUGUCUUAAGGUAUGUAUUAAGUAGCCUCGCUUCAGGUCUCAAUGACAAAUGACGAAGGUGCUGUGACGCCGUUUGCUUUUCCAAAAUCCAUCAAAUCGCGCCGUUCCAUCGUACCGACUAGGCCACAAUGUUCGGUCAAUUUAUGGUCGAUAAUGAAGAAUUGCAUUGGGAAGGAACUGACAAAGAUUCCGAUGCCGGUAAGUCUAGUUUAACAUCAUGGUUCUUGUAGUAUUAUUUUAGUAUUGUAAUGUUUGUUGUUGUUGUCUUUUAAUUAAAUUAAGGAGAUCUCUUCAGGUUAACUUCAACGAGCCUUUGUCUGUCCUUCAAAGAAUCACAGAGGACUUGGAGUAUGCUGAUCUACUAGACACAGCAGCUAACUGCACUGACCCAGCUGAACAAAUGUGUUACGUCGCCGCGUAUGCCACAAGUUGUUACUCUACCACUGGAAACAGAACAACAAAGCCCUUCAAUCCACUUUUGGGAGAGACAUACGAAUGCGAUCGAACAGCUGAUCGAGGGUGGUGGUCAAUAACGGAGCAGGUAGGUGGCUUUGGUCUGUAAAUUUACUUUAAGAUUAGAUUUGUUAAUGACUGUAAAUAAUAGUAAACGUAGUAUGUUGAUCAUCUUAUUUCAUUUUCUUUAGGUAUCUCACCAUCCCCCAGCUACAGCUCAUCACGCUGAAGGACGACAAUGGACGAUGUUCCAGGAGUUCAACAUGACCUCGAGGUUCAGGGGAAAGUACUUGUCUGUCACUCCAACUGGCUUCACUCACAUUAAAUUCAAAAACUCAAAGAACCACUAUACUUAUCGUAAGAUCACCACUACCGUCCACAAUAUUAUCGUCGGAAAGCUGUGGAUCGACAAUCACGGUGAAAUGAACAUCGAAAACCACUUCACAAAAGAUAAGGGAGUUGUCAAGUUCCAUGCCUACAGCUACUUCUCUCCCGACAAGGCCAGGAAGGUGAGCGGCCUAGUAAAGGACGGGUCUGGCAAUCCCAAGUUUGCACUUCAAGGUUACUGGGACAAGUACAUAGAGAUGGCCAAGGUGAACAAGAGUGAUAAGAACAGCAUUGGAACCGGAGUCUUUCAACGGUUGUGGACUGUCAAUCCUCCAUUGUAAGUACUGUAUGAAGUUACUGUAACUUAGUUUUAGUGCCAAUAGCGAGACCAUGCACAACUUUACUCAGCUGGCUAUAGAAUUGAACGAGCCAGAAGAAGGUGUAGCUCCAACUGAUUCUCGAUUACGGCCAGACCAAAGGUUGAUGGAAGACGGCCAAUGGGACGAGGCCAACGAAGAGAAAGAGAAACUCGAGGAACGACAACGAACUAAGAGGAAGAUAAGGGAACAGGAGGCUGAACAAGCUAUGCGACAAGGUCAGUUUAUUCUUUGAAUACUGGUGAUUGUAAGAUACAUUCAGAUCAUAUGAAGGGAUUGGUAGUAAAAAACAAAUUAAUAUUGUCAUACAUUUUAGGUAAAGCCUACCCUGAAUACGAGCCAUCGUGGUUUGAGAAGACUCAAGACGAAUGUACCGGAUCCGUCAUCCACGUCUACAAGAACGAGUACUGGUCGUGCAAAGAGAAGCAGGACUGGGCGAAGAGCAAAGAAAUCUUCUGA